AUGGCCAACUACCUCGCCUCCAUCUUCGGUACAGAAGCCGACAAAGUAAAUUGUUCCUUCUACUACAAAAUUGGUGCCUGUCGCCACGGCGACCGCUGUUCCCGUAAACACGUCAAGCCCUCAUACUCGCAGACCAUCCUCCUCCCCAACCUCUACCAGAACCCUGCCUACGAUCCCAAGAAUAAGAUGAAUGCUUCGCAGCUACAGAAUCACUUCGAUGCCUUCUACGAGGAUUUCUGGUGCGAGAUGUGCAAGUUUGGAGAGAUUGAGGAGGUCGUCGUGUGUGAUAAUAACAAUGAUCAUUUAAUCGGCAACGUCUACGCGCGCUUCAAAUACGAAGACUCCGCGCAAAAAGCAUGCGACGCCCUCAAUUCGCGCUGGUACGCCGCCCGGCCCAUCUACUGCGAGCUCUCCCCUGUCACCGAUUUCCGCGAAGCAUGUUGUCGGCUCAAUAGUGGCGAAGGGUGCGUACGAGGCGGCUUUUGUAAUUUUAUCCAUCGCAAGAAUCCAAGCGAUGAGUUGGACCGCGAGCUGGAGUUGAGUACGAAGAAGUGGUUGAGGAUGAGGGGAAGAGACGAGAGGAGCGUGACGAGGAGUCCGAGUCCCGAGCCUACAAGGAAGAGAUAUGCAUGA